AUGACCUCCUACAAGCUCAGGGGCUCUCAGGAGGGCUAUGGGCACGCUGCCCCGGGCACGGACGCCGGCAAAGUUUUCUGCAUGUUCUACGCCAUCCUGGGCAUCCCGCUGACGCUGGUCAUGUUCCAGAGCCUGGGGGAGCGCAUGAACACUGUCGUGCGGCUACUGCUCAAGAAGAUCAAGAAGUGUCUGGGCAUGAGAACAACCAACGUCUCCAUGGAGAACAUGGUCCUCGUCGGCUUUCUGUCCUGCAUGGGGACCCUGUGCAUCGGCGCGGCAGCCUUUUCUUAUUUCGAGGGCUGGACUUUCUUUCAUGCCUAUUACUACUGCUUCAUAACCUUGACCACUAUUGGCUUUGGAGACUUUGUGGCUCUGCAGAAGAACGAGGCUUUGCAAAAGAAGCCCCCGUACGUGGCUUUCAGCUUCAUGUACAUCCUGGUGGGCCUGACCGUCAUCGGCGCCUUCCUCAACCUGGUGGUGCUGCGGUUCCUGACGAUGAACUCGGAGGACGAGCGGCGGGACGCCGAAGAGCGCGCCUCGCUGAGGAGAGCCCGCAACAACAUCCACCUCACGCCGAAAGAGGACAGCCGGAGCAGCAAUGCCAUUUUUCUCCCCGUGGAGGACAGGACGAGCCAGAUGAACCUCAUCCCGCUGAUCCAGGAGGAUGCGGAGAGGCAGCGGCGCCAGUCGGCCAACUCGGCGGCCGCCGUCCCCUCCUUCUGCACGUGCCUGUGCUACAGACCUCAGCUGUGCGGCAGCCCAGUGCCCUCCCACCCCGAGACCCUCAGCUGCCACACCAACCCCGUGUAUUACAACUCCAUUUCCUACAAAAUCGACGAGGUGUCCCUGAGCACACGGGGUCAGACCGGCUCUUCCCCGGGGAGCACUUUAUCAUCCACCAGCGCUCGCUGCCGGCAGCACCCCCGGCUGCGGAGGAAAUCCAUCUAG